AUGUCUACCAAAAAGGAUUCAACACCCAAUCAUGUAUUCUUCUUCUUCUUCUUCCUCCUUGAAACUCUUCACCAUUGUUAUUCUCAUCAUCUUCUUCUGCUCCCCAUCCAACUCCGCCGGCGUCCCUAAAGAUAAAACUUUUAAAUUUGUUAAUGAAGGAGAAAUCCCCGACAUUAACGUUGAGUAUGUUGCCGAUUUCAGACCGUUCACCGGUUCCAGUUCCGUAUCAAACGCACCCUUCCAGCUCGGUUUCUACAAUACUACCCCCAACGCCUUCACCCUCGCCAUGAAAAUAGGCGUUCCCCGCUCCGAAUCACUCCGUCGAUGGGUCUGGGAAGCCAAUCGCGGCAACCCCGUCAAGGAAAACGCCACCUUUUCCUUUGGCAGUGACGGAAACCUCGUUCUCGCCGAAGCCGACGGUCGGAUCAAGUGGCAGACCGACACCGCCAAUAAGGGCGUCGUGGACUGUCAACUCCUCCCUAACGGCAAUUUGGUGUUGGUUGAUUCCAAAGGCAAAUUUGUUUGGCAGAGCUUUGAUUUUCCAACCGACACCCUUUUGGUAGGACAAUCUCUUCGUGCCGGUGGAGUAAACAAACUUGUGAGUCGAGCUUCAGUUAAAGAGAAUUCAAAUGGGGCUUAUAGCAUGGUGUUGGAGCCGAAUAAAGGGUUAUCUUGGUUCUACAAAUCCCCAAAUUCUCCAAAUCCCCUGCUUUACUUUUCGUCAUCAUUUUGGGAAUUCGGGUUCGUUGUCCCUGGUGAAUCAAUAAAGUUUGAUAUCAGGACUGAAACAGAUACUUCAGAUGUCCUGAUUAGAAACUACCUAUCAUUGGGUCGAUUUCUGGCAUGGACAAAUUAUAACGCAACGUAUUCAUUUCUGCGAUUGGGAAUAGACGGAAGGCUGAGAAUAUUCACUUACAAUGAUAAAGUUGACAGUUCGGCCUGGGAGGAGGUUUUCACUCAGUUUAUUAACGAUAAAUGGCACCCAGAAGAUGAUCAAGAGUGUCAAUUGCCGGAGAAGUGUGGGAAGUUUGGGUUGUGCAGCAAGAACCAAUGCGUGGCUUGCCCGACCGAGAAGGGACUGUUGGGGUGGAGCGAGGAGUGCGAGUUGAAGAAGGUGAGUUCGUGCAAACCUGUUGAUUUCCAUUACUAUAAGCUUGAGGGGGUGGAGCAUUUCGUCAGCCAAUUCACGAGGGGAAGUUCGGUGAAUGAGAUGGAUUGUGGGAAGAAGUGCACAAGUGAUUGUAAGUGUUUGGGGUAUUUCUAUUACAGAGAGAGCUCUAGAUGUUGGAAUGUGUUUGAUAUUAAGACACUUAAGAAGGUGUCUAAUUCCAGUCAUGUUGGUUAUAUCAAGGUUUCCAACAAAUGAUUGAAUCGAGCACAUGCAUACAAAAUAAGGAUGAAGUAGAUUGAUAUCGAUCUAUCCCUACUUCUUUUUCCACUUAAUAUCAUAAUUCGGUUUCCUGUUUGUAAUAAUUAAUAUUCAGAAUUCAAAUAACUCCUUAAAUAAUUUUCUCUCUUAAAAUUAAUUAGUGGGUAAAGCUUCAAAUUCCUGCAUGACUUUGGUCGUUUAUUUUUCCUUUGCCUUG